ACUACGGUCACUCCGUAUCAUCGACACUGUCAGUCGGCAUCCUGAUCUUCAGUACGACGGCUACGGUCCUAACUAGCGCUUCAAAUUACCGUACAACGGAUCAUCUCCGAUUCGACAAUUAUCAGUAACAAGAGAUACUUUUCCUUCUUCGAUCAUCGGCGACCCCCUCCGCGGUCAACGACGCAACAGAAAUGGUCAAAUCGUAUCUCUUAGGUGUUGUUCUUCAAGUAUUGAUACUCGGUUUCGCCGAUGCCCAAUCUCAAGGAAGGUCGGGGUGCGUGACACCUAACGGUGUGAACGGUAUAUGUAUCGAAAUACGACAAUGCCAACCGUUGCUGAACAUUCUCCAAAUGCAACCUCUUCAACCGUCCGCUGUCGAUUUUUUGAAGCAAUCGCAGUGCGGUUUCAGCGGUAGAGAUCCCCUCGUCUGUUGCCCGAACCAACCUCCGGACAAUAUUCCACCUCGUCGGGACCAGCCUUACCCCACGGUCGAUCCGAAUCGGAACGUAGACCCGAAUUUCCCCGAUCCGACUAAUAAUGGUAACAUAGAUCCGAUAAACGACGGCGCGAACACGCAGUACAGUCUAGUCGACAAUCCUCUGCUUUCCAACGAAUGCGGUAAAGAUUUGUCACAGAGAAUUUUCGGUGGGGAACGCACGGAACUCGACGAGUUCCCUUGGAUGGCGCUCUUGGAAUACAUUAAACCGAACGGUAAGACUACAGCUUGCGGAGGGGUGCUCAUCAGUCGCCGGUAUGUCCUGACCGCGGCCCAUUGCGUGAAAGGCAAGGAUCUACCGGUGUCGUGGCGGUUGGAAGCUGUUCGUUUAGGGGAGUACAACACAGCGACCGAUCCCGACUGCGUCCAAGACGGGACGAACUCCGUGAUCUGCGCCGAUGAUCCUAUCACGGUUGGAAUCGAGGAGCAAAUCGCUCACGAGAGCUACAAACCGACAUCGAGGGACCAAAAGUACGACAUCGCCCUGUUGAGACUGACCCACGACGUCACGUUCACCAAUUACGUGAAACCUAUAUGCCUGCCACCGAACGCCGCGUUCGGGCAAAAGGUAGUUGUCGCUGGCUGGGGAAAGACCGAGAACACAUCGGCGUCGGAUGUGAAGCUGAAGUUAACGUUGCCAAUCGCCGACGACGCGUCGUGCAGGCAAACGUAUAGCAACGCGAGAGUGAUGCUCGGUUAUGGUCAACUAUGCGCCGGUGGACAGAAGGGCAAAGACUCGUGCCGCGGAGAUUCGGGUGGACCUCUGAUGUCUCUCGAGAAAGACCAGGAUGGUAAUGGAAAAUGGACCGCGGUCGGUGUCGUUUCGUUCGGGCCGUCGCCUUGCGGCAUGCCUGGAUGGCCUGGUGUCUACACCAGAGUGGCAGACUUCGUGCCCUGGAUACUUAGUAAAAUGAGACCUUAUCGAUCGCAAAGAAAAAGAGAAACACGCUCGAGACCAAACAUGAUCCGUCACGUACUCUUGUUUGCGCUCGUGGUUCUACAUGAAGCUACUGCGCAGGAUGCGUGUAUCACGCCCGAGAACAAAAGCGGUCAGUGCAUCACCGUACGAAGCUGUCAGCGAGUGAUAGACAUUCUUCAGCAGCAAAGGCCCUUGAGCAGGGAAACUCUCAACUACUUGAACAGCCUUUCGUGCGGUUUCGAGGGGAACGAUCCGAAAGUGUGCUGCGAGUUACAGACUCCAUCGGUGCCUGGAACUCAAACGUCGGAGCCUACGGCGGUCCUCGAUCCCCCGGAUGUCACGAAUCAUCCGAAUUUACGACUGCUGAACAACGACGAGUGUGGACCGGCCACGGCGUCGAAAAUCAUCGGCGGCAACCGGACAGGCGUUCUGGACUUUCCGUGGAUGGCGUUGAUUGCUUAUAACACCGGCAGAGAGACUCCAGAAUUCCGAUGUGGCGGAUCAUUGAUCAGCAAACGAUACGUGCUCACAGCUGCUCACUGCGCUACAUCGUUGCCCGGUGGUCUCACGUUGAUCGGAGUACGAAUAGGGGAGCACGAUUUGAACACGGAACGCGAUUGCGAUAGAGAUGAGACCGGUCUUGAGAUCGUCUGUGCCGACAGAUACCAAGAUUUCGGUUUGGAGAGCGUGCACUUUCAUCCUGAAUAUUCGAGCAAAAAACUGCAAAACGAUAUUGCUCUGCUUCGGUUGAACGGAGACGCCGAUUUCCGUCCGGCGAACGUGCGACCGAUUUGCAUGCCGCUUGGAGCGGCCGCUACCAUUUCGCAAAAAAAAGUUACGGUGACUGGUUGGGGUGCGACGGAACUCGGGCCGCGCAGUCAGUCGUUGCUACAAAUCAAGUUAUCGCCAGUUAGCACCGCGGAUUGCGCGGAAGCGUAUAAAGGGAAGGCAGAAAUCUGGUACAAACAGAUCUGCGCAGGCGGUAAAAGAGGCAUGGACUCUUGCUUGGGAGACAGCGGUGGACCGCUUCAAGUCCCGACAAUGUUUGGCGAAAACGUGAAAUAUGUUCAAUACGGAAUUGUCAGCUUUGGUCUGAAGAACUGCGGCACGGAAGGAGUUCCUGGAGUUUAUACCAACCUUGUAUAUUACAUGGAUUGGGUUCUAGAUACUAUUAGGCCAUAAAUAAUACACACAGUCUACAUUUUUAUUCAAUUGAUGAAAUGAUUUAUUAAACGAAUGCUAAUGAUGCCUUUACAGAGCUAAGGACUGAAAGCGAGAAGUCUUUGAACGUGAUCAAGGGAUCAAGUUGGCAGCGGCAUUCAUCGUAUUAAAACACAAUUCUACAUUUGCUCGUUUCAAAUUUUUAUAACAAUGUUACAAUAAAUCGUCAUAGUUCUAUA